CUGGAAUCGAUCGGUCAGUUGCAACCACCCUCGGAAGAUGUCUAUGAGCCGGGUCAACUUUUCCUCCAUAAACACUUCGGUUAUCGUGGAGUUAUUUUGCAAUCUUGGCCAGCCAAACUAUUCGACCGUAAUAUGCUUUCUUUGAAAGCCACAUUUGCAAAACCACUAAAUCCUCAUGGUAUUUUUUUGCUCACUCCUGUAUCCACAGAGCCGUCACUUCUCCCCACGGAUCACCUGCGCCGUUGGAUUGAAGCACGAAAGCAAAGCCUGGAGGUAACCUCGGUACAUCGAGAAGUGACCGAGGGUAUCCGGACGACCACGGUCCCCUUCUUCAUGGGUCGACGUCUGGUUGUUGGAGAGCGACCAGAGAAGCACAUACGUUAUUGGCGAUAUCUUAUUCGUUUGGAGAAUUUAUCAUCAGAACGCGUCCAGCUUCGUGAACGGUUCUGGAAAGUGUUCUCCAUCACCGGGAGCCUUGAAUCCGUCAGAGGCAAAGGGGUCGUGGGAAUGACCGAGUAUGAGAUUAUGUUCAACGAGCCGCAACCAAUCCUCGCCGAAGACAGUCGAGUAUUUCAGUAUCACAGUCAUGUGCAAGUUCCCGUUCCGUGGGCCCAUAUGUGGGGUUCGUUUCGUUUUGAGAAGUCAAACGGGUCCAGUUUGGAUGUGAAAAUUCCCUCCUUUCCUCUUUGUGAUCGAGCCUAUUGGUCCGGUGCUGAGACCGCGACACAUACCGAGUGA